AAGGUGAAAAUAAAGCUGAAAAAAUGUUUUCACUUUCUUAGAAUUGUGUGAAAAUCUUAAAACUUAAAACUUUAUUAAAAAGCUUGUUCUGAGUCUAAACUUCAAAAGAAACAUAUCAUCUUGUAGAAAUCGAAUUCUCUAUCGAUUAGUAUGGCCUUCCAUUUUUAUUAGGAAAAUGUCUAGGUGAGGAAAUUGAAAAUACAGUUUUCAAAAAAUGUAAAACUGGAUUUUUAGUACCAAAAUUUGACGUUUUUCAAAAACUAAUGUGAGAUUCGUAAUCAGCGUCAAAAACUGCAUCUAAUGAUAUGCUCCUAUCAGUUCUACUCUAAAGUAAUUUUUUCAAAAACUUGAUCAGCGAAGUCUCGAGUUACGUGGACAAGCCGCUGAUUUUUCCUUCCAGAUAGAGAUUAUAACAUGACAAAAGCAUUGUUUGCUCGACGAAUGCAUUAAAAUUUGAUUGCACUAUGUUCUCGAAGAAAAGUCCGAGUAAAUCAUAGUGGAAUCAAUCGUAUAUAACAAAACGGUAAUGGAAAUUGUGGAACUAGUGCGUACCGGUGCAACAUAGCAUGCGCAGUGGUGAUGCCGGUCGUUUUUCAGUCCUGUACUGUUUGAAAAUAUAUUUUUACAUCAAAUCUGCUACGAUAACGUAAACGAUGACAAUACAUAAGGGUUACUACAGUUUACGACGGUCGUAUAGUUUGUUAUGUUCUGAUUUUUUUUGAAAAAUUUGACUUGUCGUAAACGAUCGUAUACGACUGACGUAACUGCAUCGUAAUUCAUCGUUUACAUAUCAUCGUGUCUGUCAAUGUUUACGACUGACGUAUUUCGUCGUAAUUUGACGUAUAUUGUAGUAUACGGUCGUGGGUUCUCGACUUGGAUUACUUUAACUAUCAAAAGACAUCAAUUUCGUAUGUAAAUCAAUCCACAGGACUGGAUUUCUCUUAUUUUACAAAGCCGCUAUUCAUCACGAUUAGCGCAUAGAACCUUAUUGUUUUCUUUUUCCUCGUGAUGAUAGAUCACAGUCGAAUUCGAACUGGUUUGCAAGAAGUCGUUGAAAAAUGCUGCAGUCAAUUUAGAAAAUUUUUUCACAGCAGCAACUAAAAACGAUGUUUAUGGUCAAUUGUUAAAUACAAAUGUAAGAAAAAGGCAUCCAUUUUCUGCCAUUUCAAAUUUAACUACUUUUCUCGAUGCUGUGCUUUUUUUCUCUCAGAAAUAUGAACAACUUUUGGAAAGAAUGGUGGCACGAUUCGGACCAAGAUAUAAAAAUGUUUUAACAAUCAAAGAAGUAUGACUCAAAUCUUGUUUACUUUUACUUGUUUAGCACUAUUUUAACCUUCAAAGACGAUACUGUGUACCCUGUGACUCAUUUUAGGUUGAUGAUGAUGGCACGGAUAUGGAUUUGCAAUUAUUGAUCAGAAACUAUGAUCUAUGUCCGUUAUUAUACAAAAUCGUCUAUCCUCAACGUAGUUACUUUUAUCUCACAUUCGGGGACGAAGUAUUAAUCGAUUUCGAUGAAGAAAAGGAUGAUAUUUCGCUUAUAUUAUCGAUAUUGAUAUCCGUAUUUUAUGUUUUUGACAUAACGUAUCCAACAGUUUACAAACCGUUGUUGGAAGUCUUGGAGUUUUUUAUCUUCGACAGGAACAAUCAUCCAUCAAGUGCAAAAUUGACUGUACCGGCACAAAACUUUAUUAUCGAAUAUAAUCGAAAGACGCGAUCAUGA